AAGCCAAAAAUGGUCAAAAGAAGCAUCAUCCCACAGACACAUUGAACAAGCAAUUACCGAACGUAAUAAGCCACUGAAUGGUAACAGUAGCGUCACGUUUCCCAAAACCGUAAACCAACGUGGACACCCUUGUUCUUUUCUUACCUCGGUUUGACCGGUUUUCCACUCUCUCUUUCUCCCUCUCUGUCUUUUCCUUGCGCUUUGUCCUUUGCCCAUUUACUUAUCCUUUUCUGCUACCUCUACCAUCCAUUAAUUAUGCUUUUAGCUGCGUUAUGUUCCACUGUUAUCCUUGGCGAGCUUCAGUUUUUUCUCAUCGAACUCAAUGCUGCUUCGGACCUCUUGAGGUCUAAACAGGACAGGGGUAUUUGUUGAUCGUUGAGGGUGCUAAUUAGGAUAACGUGGCCAUUGAACUAUGGUGGGUGAAGCAGUGAAUGGGAGAUGGUUUAGUGGUCUGUUGCCAGUUUCACGCAAGAGUGCAUCAGAUAGUAAGGAAGUGAUUGGGAUUUUGGCGUUUGAAGUUGCUGGUUUGAUGUCUAAGGUGGUUAGCUUAUGGCAUUCUUUGAGUAGCAGGGAGAUAAUGAUUACGAAGGAAUGGAUAGUGAAAUCGGUUGGGGUCAAAAUGCUAGUGUCUGAUGAUGAAGAUUUCUUGAUGGAACUGGCAUUGAGUGAGAUACUCAAUAACUUUGAGUCUCUAGCUUGGUCUGUGGUCAGGUUGAGUAAAAGGUGCAAGGAUCCAGUGUAUCAUGGUUAUGAAUAUUUUCUUCACAACCCUCUUCAACAUUAUGUUCAAUGGUCUGGGUGGGAAUAUGCAUGGAAAAAGAUGGAGAGGAAGGUGAAGAAAAUGGAUAGAUUUGUUGCUGCUAUGUCACUACUGUCACAAGAGCUUGAGGUACUAACUGAGAGAGAACAGACUUUCAGAAGAAUGAAAACGAAUCGCCAGCUUCAUGGGGUGAAACUGCUUGAGUUUCACAAGAGGGUCAUGUGGCAGCGACAGCAAGUGAAAACUCUGAGAGACAUGUCACCGUGGAACAGAAGUCAUGACUAUGUGGUCCGGUUAUUGGCAAGAUCUUUGUUCACAAUUCUUGAGAGGAUCAUCCUUGUCUUUGGAAAUAGGCCUAUACCUAUUGAAAACCAGGAAAAUGAAUCCUUUUCUCCCUCUUUGAAUCAUCUUACUCGCAGCCAUUCCUUCUCUUCUCUUAUGCAUUCUUCUAAGGCUGAUUCACGUCGAUUCAGUUCACAACGUUUUGAGAGCAAGCAAGGAUUUGUAGAGGAGAAAACCAAGAACAAGAGAAAGAAGAAAAGGCAACAAGUGCUUCAUUCAGAAAGCAAGCAGUUCAAAAAUUUUGGGCCAUUCAUAGGUUGCACGUCAGUUGGAAAUAAUUCUCCUGUGGCACAGACUUGUAUGCCAAGCAAUGUGAAGAACAUUCAGAACAUAGUGGAUAAAAAAUCUCUGACAUGCAGAAGAAGAAUUUAUUUUAAGCUAUAUAUGAAGGAUCGGUUAAAGCCUGGAGAAUCUACCCUUGGCUGUUCAGCUUUAGCUCUACAUUAUGCAAAUGUGAUUGUGCUAAUAGAGAAGAUGGUAUCAGCACCUCACCUCAUUGAUCAUGAAACAAGAGAUGAUUUGUAUAACAUGUUACCAACCACUAUAAGAACAGCUCUGAGGAGUAAGCUUAAGUGGUAUGCAAAGAGCACGCGUCACUCUGUCGAUGAAACUAGUCUUGCAAUGGAAUGGAGUUUGGUGCUUUCACACAUAUUGGAAUGGUUGGUCCCUCUGGCACACAACAUGAUAAAGUGGCAUUCUGAGAGGAAUUUUGAGAGGGAGCAAUCUGCUUGUAAAGCAAAUAUUUUGCUUGUUCAAACUCUUUACUUUGCAAACCAAGCAAAAGCUGAAGCUGCAAUGGUUGAACUCCUUGUUGGUCUUCACUAUGUGUGCAGGAUUAAUACAAAGGCUCGCAUGAGAGAGGCACAGGAAUCUGCAGGGUCUGGAGUUUUUAGUAGUGUUCGUUUAAGAAAGAAUGAGUUGUACAAUAAAUGAUUUUAGGCGAUACAUGUUACCAAUUGUGUAUAGUUAUCAUUUUCUAAUGUAGCCUUUUCCCAAAAGUAUCAUAACACUUUUAAUGUAUCAAUACACUGAGAAUCACAUCAAGCUGAUUCUGAGUUGCAUUUUGGUUAUUCGGUUUUGCAGAUUCCUAAAACUCAUUUAUUACCUACCAUUGUUUGAUCAAAAACCAAUAUUGUCAAGUGUGAAAAUGUUUUGCAAAAACUUAAUUGCACUUGAAUCGCACCAAACAAAAUAAAACCACUGUGCCUCACCUUAG